GUCAUGGUAAUAAUAUAUAUUUUUUUAAAUUGACGCUCAAAUCUUGUGAAAAUAGGUAGAUUUUUAAAAUAUAAUUAGAACUUUUUUGUUAGAGGUUAGAACAGAAUUACGUAAUGUAUCCGGUUGCGAAUAUGCACGUACGAUUCAAAUGCGAUUCAAAUACAUUCAUCUUGGCGCUGAAAUUUUGACGUUUUGGAUUUGGCAGGACCGUUUGUUGUGUGUGGCGUAUUGAUUUUAUUUCGGUACUGAACUAGUGAUUCCCUAAUUCAAUCGGGAGAUAUCAUAUUCCCAUUUUACCUGCUGAUUCUUCCAUCCACCAUGCCAAACAAACGAAAGUAUAAGCAAUACCUUGAGCCGGAAUGUGCAAGUGAUACAUCAAUACCACGCACCACACAGUGGAGGCUCCGGGACGAGAGGCCAAGGGCCCCGGCGGGCGGCGGAGGAGAAGAUCGACGUGACAUAGGCGUAGCACUAGCAAUCGGCAAGCGACAACGGAAAGGCACUGUCGACUCAGGAUCAGAAUCAGACAUGCGAGAUGAAUCUAGUUAUGACCCUUCUUCAGAAGAUGAAGUGAUCUCCAAUACUGAACAGCAGCCAGAUGAACGGGAUAGUGAUGAGCAUGAAGUUGCAGCAAACUACGAUGGUACACAAGAGAUUGAAGAUCCCGGCAUUACAUGUACAUCAGAUUCUGAAGAAGUAGAGACUGAUUCAUCCUCAGAUGAAGAAAGUGAUGAAGAAAUUGGUCAAAAUAAUGGAUUUGCUGAUUUGCUGGAAGAGAAUGCGAAUGAUGCAGAUCUUGUAUGGAUCUGCAGCCAUGACGUUUAA